UGCUAACAUCAUGGAGCUGUGGAAAGUGUUUCUGGGGGUGCUCGUCUGGAGCUCAGCUCUUGCUGUUCAGAGAGGUAAGUGUGUGGUGAUAAGUCCCCCUGUGGGCUCUAAGCUAAGGUCCAGUACUCACAAAUCAAGGAUGUUUUGUUUUUAAACACACUGGGGUUCUUGUUAUUUGUCUGCUAGCUUUUAAACCUUGUUUCAAAGCUUGUCUCAGUGACCAAAUCACUUCAGUCUCAAAUGAAGCUGAGUAUCCUGCAGUAACAUAACUCCAGGGGCUGGCUCUGUAAGAAACCUCUAAUGUCCUAACUCUCUAGGCCUAUACUCACUAGAGCUGCCAACACACUGCUCUUCAAAGGACCAGCUUUGCUUUGACCCUGCCCCUUUGAUCUUGGCAAUUAAGGUUGUAAAUGCAGUAACCCAACCUGAAAGCUGCUUGCGGGCUAUUUCUGAGACUCCUUGCGAGCCCCUGCUUGUGCUGGGAAUAAGCUCUAACACUAGCUCUUCAUCACCAGCUGUAGCCAAUUCUGGCUGCUACAGCAGUGUAGCUUUGAAGGCUAAUGAGAACUUGAGGUUGUCUUCUGUUUAGCUACAGAAGCAUCUUGAACAGCUGCAGGUGCUGAUUUACUUCUUUCUGGGUGGGUGCCCCAGGGCCCCACUCUUGUUCUGCCUCUUCCUGCUCCUCCCCUGACUCUGAGCACCCCCCACCCUUGUUCUGCCACCGAACAGCUGAUUGGUGGCUGCUGAGCACCCACUAUUUUUUCCAUGGGUUCUCCAGCCCCAGUGCACCAACAGAGUUGGCACCUAUGUUUCAGCCCACCCCAGGAUGGAAAGUUUUGAGAUAAGGCUUGAAAAUGGCUUCCUUUCUUUGAAGGACCCUGACAAGCAGGGAUGGGCUCUAAAACAGUUCCCUGGAAGUCCCCAGGUAAUGGGUGGGGGUGUAAGAGGUGUGUUGUGGGUUUUUUUUUUUUUUUUAAAGUAACAAGCACAAUGGCAUUUGUGAAAACCUGCUGGUGAUGUACACCCACCUUUAAGAGGAGUGAGGCCAACAGUGAACCAACUGCAGGAAAUUCCUCCCAAUUAACAGGCCAUGUGACACUGAAGCCAGACCCUCUAGCUUGAGUGUCAAAGGGCCUGGACAGUCAAACCUCCAGGUACUGGCUCCUUUCUGGUAACCGCAAAGGUUCUGAAGGGCUAGCUAGCUGAUAGCUUUGCUGGCUGAGCGGAGGACUCCUCUGAUGCCCUUGCACAGAGGCCCUGCUAUCUGGUGGGAUUACAGUAGGUCUGGGGGCCUUUCCAGAGGUUAUGUCAAGUCUGCUCACUCCUCUAGCACCCAUUAACUCUGUACUCUAUGAGUGCAAUAAAACCAGCAUCCACCUGGCUGUAAAGAUGGACCCCUUGGGAAAUGGACUCCUGCUGGAUCCACAGCUUGUGCACCUGGGCAGCUGCCUCUACUCAAUCAAGGAUCUACAGGGCUUCCUGCACUUCCAGUACCACCUGAAGGACUGCAGUUUCUCUCGGCUGACAUCUGGGAACAUGAUUGAAUACUUCACAGACCUUGUCUACAGGCCUUCCCCUGGCACAGGCAGACGCUACGCCACCUCCUUCACUGAGAGGAUCAACUGCACUGACUAUGAGGCAGGGCGCUUGGCUCCUACAUACGGAUCUUCAGUGACUGGCCACCUGUCUGCCUCUGGAGUGCUAAAGUUCACAGUGACCCUAAUGAAUGUGGACUUCAGUGCCCCAUCAGACUCCAAGGUCUUCUUCCUAGGCUCUCAGAUCCAUAUAGAGUUUUCUGUACAGAGUUCCUUCCACCAGCCUCUGCAGAUCUUUGUGGAUGAGUGCACUGCCACCCCAACCCCAGAAUUUAGCAAAUCUCCCAGGAACUAUAGCAUCAUUGCAAACCAUGGGUGUCUUGUGGAUGGUAAGGUGGCAAACUCCCAGUUCCUGCCCAGACAAACCCCUGAAGCUAUCCAGCUCUCCCUAGAGGCCUUUGAAUUUGCAGGUGUGGACUCUGAUAUCUAUCUCCACUGCCAGGUGCUGGUCUGGGACCCCAAAGUGCUCAUGGAUCCCACAAGGAAGGCCUGUUCAUUUCACAGGAACACCAACAGGUGGGAACUUCUGGACAGUCCCUCUCUGAGCUCUGGCUGUAGCUGCUGUGACUCCCUAUGCCAAGCCACAACCUCUCGCCACAAGAGAGACCUGGAAGGCUCUUCAAAGGAGGGACUUGUCCAUGCUGUUGUUGUUGGGCCCUUGAAGGUGCAGAAACCAUCUGCAAAGACUGGAAGCUAUGCGUGGGAUUCAAACCGCUCCCUUGCAGCCCAGAGUGUCACAGGAGGGAAACCAAGUGUGAUGCCACCUCCUGUUGGUGCCCUGCUGCUGGAAGUUGCUCUGAUUGCUGUGGUGUCCCUGGGUUUCUGCCUGUACAAUGGCCAUCACAAAAGGCUCUGCUCCAGAACCAGGGGGGCUGCAGACUCCUGCUCAGAGGGGCUGGUUACUGCAGAACAGCAGUGUACAAGCAUUAAUGCAGAUGUGGAAUGAAUCCAAAUAAAACUUUAACAAAUUCA